GGCCGACUCCUGCUCCUGAGGUCCUGCCUGAGUCCGAGCUCGAGCUUACCAUGGCUACGCCGAGAGGAGAUAUUCCCUUGAUGGGUGAUCGGGCUGCAGGAGACGUUCCCUUGAUGGGUGAUCGGGUUGCGAGAUACCGAGAGAGGGAUCGAGAGCGGAAGCGCCACAGAGCUGCUGAGGGGAGUGAGGCCUCGAUGCGUCUUCGUACUACUGGGCCGGCGAUCCCACCUCGUCCUAUUAGGCCAGUGGCUCCACCGCCUCCACCCCCCCGCCCCAACGCGGGCACCUCUUGUUCCUCCGCGCCAGCCAGGACUGGGCGAUCUCCCGCGCCUCCGUACGCUGCUCCAGGACUUGGUUACUUCUCGAGGAUCGGCUGUCGCUGAUGAGGGGGCCAUGUAUAACCAUCUGAUAGAGGUGAGUCCGUUUUUGGUGUCAGAAAGACUUUGUGGUUCCCAUGUUAUCUCU